UAUCACAUUUCAGUGACGUCGCCUCAAAGUGGUCCAAUCAGAUCGUUGAAUGCAAAUGACCGUUAAUGACGUUACUACCGUUUUUUCCCCCUUUUUCCCCCACCCUCUCGUCGUCCACCAUUUUGGGAGUCAAAAUACCCAACGCAUAGCAGCGCACACGUUCACGCUUUUCUGUGGCCUUACUAUGGUUCACACAUGUGUGGUGGCAGGCUGUAGGAACAGAAGGACACCAGACACCACUUUAUCUUUCUACCGUUUCCCCCGGGACCCCGAGAGGAAGCAGCGCUGGAUAGCUGCUGUGAACCGAGAGGGCUGGGUACCGAACGACGGCAGUCGGCUCUGUAGUACUCAUUUCAUCUCAGGUAAACAGGUGAAGAACCCACGUUCGCCAGAUUAUGUUCCUUCUGUGUUCACAACAGCCCCCUUAUCCCCAGAGAUGAAGGAGUCAGGUGCCUUAGAGAUCCUGGACAAGCAGGAAGCACGAGUGGAGGCGGCCAAUGCCUUGCUGUUCCUGCAGGGCCAGGGCAGGUCAGUGGUGGGGGAACGGGGCCAGGAAGAGCAUCCCGAGGAGAGAGAGCAGGAGGCCAUUGUGGAGGAAAGUGCCUCUUCUCUCAGCACCGAUGAAGACGAUGAGGAUGAUGAUGAAUCUGUGAGUGACAGCAAGAAAGGAAAGUUUGCUCAGACGUCUGAUGCACCUGUUAACUUUGAUGACAUACUGAAAGCUCUCAAAAAGGAGAACCAGGCCCUCAGGGAGUCUGUGGAGAAAAUGUCCCUGUCUGAGAACUCCUUGAGGAAUGAUGCAGAGAAAGUAAAGUUCUACACUGGUUUACCCAACUACUUUGUCUUAGAGACAGUCAUGUGGCUGCUGGCACCUCACAUGGAUGGGAUGAAAAACGUGAAGCUCUCCAAGUUCCAGCAGCUGCUGCUGACACUGAUGCGACUCCGUCUGGACCUCCGCAAUCAAGAUCUGGCCUACCGCUUUGGUGUGAAAGUUGGCACUGUAACCAGAACAGUGCACCGGAUGGUCAACAUCAUGUCCUCCACUCUGGUGCCAACGGCCGUCUUCUGGCCCUCCAGGGCCGAGCUCCGGAAGAACUUACCGGCAGCUCUGCGCACCUCCCACCCUGACUGUGCUGUUAUCAUAGACUGUUUUACCGUGCCUUUCGAGGAGCCGGUUUCCCGGGGCAAUCAGCAGCAACAGCAGCAGCAGAGGGUGCUGCCAAUUUCUCAGGGGGUGGGGACAAGUCAUAAUGUAUUGAAGUAUCUGAUUGGUGUGGCUCCACAAGGCGUUGUCACCUUUGUGUCCAGGGGCGUGCUGGGAAACGUCAGUGACAAGAGCCUGGCUGAGGGCUGCGGAUUUCUGUGCAAACUUCUCCCAGGCGACGUUCAUAUUGGCGAGUCGCAAUCUCGACAUUGCAGAUUCUGUGGCUGCCCGCGGAGCCCUGUUUAAAAUUGCUGGCAGCUACCAAGGAGAGGCAUAUGGGACCACGGAGGGCGCACCACUGGCUGAUGCUUCCUCUGAGACAGUGAGCGUGCAGAGGCAUGUGGAGAGGGUGAUCUCCAUGGUGAAGCAGAGGUACGCUAUGCUCACGGGCCCUGUCGAGAGCCCCUUCACCACAGCCUCUGAGCGCACGUCGAACCUCUCAACUUUUGAUAAGAUUGUGCAAGUUGCCUGUGCCUUAAACAACCUGUGCAUCUCUGCUGCUCCACUAGAGUGAUUUGUACUGAAAAGCCUCAUGCUCCUUAAUGCUGGUCAGACACUUAAGUUCCCUUUACUGCUUUGGACCUUAUUCCAUGUUCUCCCACUACAUGCCUGUGUCAACACUACAUUAUUAUUACAGAAAAUUAAUUUAUACAUAUCCACUUUAAUUCUCACUUGGAGUGUAUGUGACUCCCUGUUAUCUAGGUCAGUUUAUACUUGGAAAUAGGAGCACUUCUCCAGAAACCACAUUGCUAAGAUGUGAUGUCAUUGAGUUAUGCAACCCAACUGACAAAGAAUUGCAGACUUGCAAAGGUCGUUAUUUUCCCCAAAUGACAACCAUGUGAGUAAAAUGUAUCUUUAUUUAAUUCGUCUUCAUUAACCAUUUGUAAAUACUGAGGUAUAUAAACUGCAGUCUGGGUGGUGCAGGCAACGUUCCCACUAAUCCAGUCCUGUGCCAUGCUAGAGUCUGCAAGUUUUUUUUCUGUUCCAGCAAACACUACAGCAGCUGACUUUACUGAUUAUUUUCUCCCUAUGUUGCAGAAAGGGGGUCUGCUGGUUAAACCAGUUUUUUGUCACUCCCUUCUCAUAAAUUAAGAACAGUACACACAGUACAGAAAUAUAUAACAGGUUAAAACAACAAGAAUAACAUGCGUAGUAAUGCAGCUCUUAAAUAAGAGUUGUUUCAGCUUGUUCACAUCACAGGGAUAGAAACAUGUUAUGACUAAUGUGGGUUUUGAAGGAUCACUUGGUGUAAACUAACCAUAUUUUGAUACAUUUUUUGCCUGCCAGUUAGAGCUCUUAACAGAAUACCAUCACCAUGGGAUGAUGAGUCUGUUGUUAAUUUAUGUGCUUUGCUCUCUGGCUUUGAAUCACAGCUUAUUUCCUAGGGUUUUUGACAGUAUCUUCCUGGCUGACUGCACGUUGGAAUGACAGAUGUCCUCUUUAACAGGGACUUACUGGUGUAGAUGAUUUUUACACAGAAUAAACAGCCCUCCCUGUAGAAAUUUAAACUGCUGGGUGGUAAUAUAACUGAAAUAGACCAAAAAGAUAAACAGUUUUCACCACAGGUCAGGAUUUACUAUAACACAGCACUCGAUGUGUUAGUCCAGGUGGAUGCUUGUCUACUGGCUCCAACCUGAGCUGUAUAAUUAACAAUGAUGUCAAUAUUUACCACGCCAUGCUAGCGUUUAAAGAGGCUAUUUGUAAGUUUUGCUAUUACUACAUAGCCAACGUUGGCAUUAACAGCUGUUUACUUACUAGUCCAGAAGAAACGUUGUGAGUUCAGCAUCUUUGCCACUGACAGUUCACAAAGAAAAGCUGAGUGUAAGUGCCAUUCUCAUUUACAUGCCUCUGCAAUUCUUUACAGUCAUACUGAAUCAAAGUAUCAUUACAAGUGUUUGGAAGGAAUGCAUUAUGAUGAUCAUUAAAAUUUCCCCAGAGGCAACCAGCGUUGGUUCUGGGUUAGACACAGGAAGUGUUGUUGUUGCCGAUGAGGUUUAAUUAACAGUUUGAUCAGCUGAGCGUGUUGGCUUCAGAACCCGGAGAAUGUACGUUCAGUUUAUGACUGAUUAAUUUUCAUCGUCUUUGUUCAAUGCAUUCUGUUCUAAUUGAUUGUAACCAUGUUGAACCAUGAGUACAUGCCAUAGAAGUGUUUCUGUUAGAGCACAAGGCUGGAAGCCUUUUUAAUAGUUUGUCUGUUUAGGCUCAGAUAUGGGCUCACAAGUGGUCAUGUAAACUGAAAACUCAAGUUUUGAUAUACAGUAUAUCUUGAGGAAAACAUCUCAUAGUUACCUGCUUAUUUGAAAUGUGUCAUCUGUUGUCCUGCAUUGCUGGUGCCUUAGUUUGUAAAGAUGGUACUGCUGUUACAAAUCAGCCUGCGUUUUCUACAGAUAUUUAUUUUUGCAUCAUACAGUAUGCUUUUAGACCCUUUUCUGGUUUGGUUACUGAGCUAAAAUGUGUGUAAACAGUCAGCAAGUGAGUGUAAAGCGUCCUUUGUCAUUACUCCCUCAGCUUUGUGUAUGUACAUUAAGAAAUGUUCCAGGUUAUUAUUAUUUUAUACCAUUUAAAUUCCAAAUGAUGUCAAGUAAUUAUACACAGAUCGUAACUUACCAUUACUUAACCUUAAGAGAAAGGUUUUAAGGGAUUAAACAUAACAUUAAUGGUCCCUGUGCUUUGGCUCAGGGCCUGAAAUUAAUUGGAGAAGACUUUUCACACAAUGUUAAGCUUGCUCCAACAACAGAGACUAAAUUUGCUCAGUUCUGGUGCCAGGCUUUAAAGUGUUGGGUUCAGACAGGCAUGCUAUGGUACCCCCAAAGUGGAAUGUGCCUUCUGUUCUCAGGCCCCUGGAUGUCCUCCUUGUUGGAUGGCUGUAUCUUUCCUCACCUGUUAUGUUUUUCAUGUGUCCAUAAUAUAUACUGUCUGUGUUCCUUAAGCACAUCAAGCUAUUUAUAUGUAUGUUUUUCUCAGUCCUCUGUUCACUUCAAACAAAACAGAACAUGAAAGUGAUUUACACUGCAGAACAAUAUUUAAAUAGUUCUGAAAUGACUUCCUUUGUGAAGUUUAGUCUUUCAACUCACCACACCGAUAUCGACAAACUGGUGAACUUGAAUACUUUUUGGCUAAAGGAUGGAGAAGAAAGGUUUUAGACAGGGGAGUUGCUGCUAGACUGAGAAUAAUAAUUUGAAUGUGGUAGCAAAGACAUUGUAAUGGGUACUAUGACAUCUUUUUCCUUUUUAUUCUUCCUUUUACUUAUUUAUUACUGUUGUUGCCUCUGACAGCCUCUGUAGGGGGCUGGUAUCAGGGGAGACCGGGCAGACGGCAGUGUUGAGACUACUUAAGAGCAAAACCUUUUAAUAAAUGAAUGUUGGUUGAAUUUCUUCCAGCGGAAAGAACACAAGUAUUCAUUUUGAUUUUGUCCACUGGUUGAUGGUUAACUCCUACUCUACAGUAAACAAAGCUUCUAAAUUGAGGUGAAUGAAACAUGUUCAGAUACAAACUGGUUAAUGUCUGUGUUUUUUAUAAACCCAGUAUAUUUUUUUCUAAGCAAUCUAUUUCCCACCUCACACUACACUUCUAUUGCCAUGCUGUUUGCCUUUAUUGUUAUGGGUGCAUGUGUUUCCAUGAUGUGUAACUUCUAAAGGUUUAAUUCAGUUUGUCUUCAUUAUUGCCUCUGUGACUGAAAAUUAAAGUUUGGGAAAUGCAACUAAG